GGCAAAAGGCAAAGGGCACAGUAGUAUGAAGUUCGACGGUAGGGAGGGAUAAAAGCGAUAAAUUCGACAAGAAUCUUGUCUACUGGCUAUACUGCUCUACUGCAAUGUGUGCAUGCAUGCAUGUCAGAUGCUAUUGAAUUUGUAAAUGUAUAAGCCUACCAAAGGCAAAAAGUACAUUAGUUUGAAGUUCGACGGUAGACAACCAGACGCCAUUUUGAUUGCACGAAUUACGGUUAGAUAUUGAUGGAUUGUUCUUCUUCGGUCAACGUUUACAUUUUCGAAAGAGUGUCUACGUGGUCAGCUUUCUGUGAGAAUUUACAUCGCAAAGGUCAGAAUAGCAGCUUAUAUACGUGAAUUGAAUUUUGAAUGGUCGGCAUUCUUUAAAGGUUACGUACAAGAUGGCCCAUGCAUCAUCCCAACCAUGUUUGAUCAGCCCCGCCGAAGUCGUCGAAAACCUGACGUACAAUGAGCUCAUACCCGCCGUGGAACAAGGUCUUGGGAAUUUUUCUAAAAGGAACGAAGAAGGAGGGGGAGGAGGAAUAUAUCCACAGAAAACCAGAAUGGACAUUGAAGAGCAUAAUGGGGUUGUGUCGGUCAUGUCUGCUUUCAGUCCUGUUGGUAAUGUCAUUGUAACAAAGAUUAUCAAUCGUUACGUAGACAAUCCUGAGCACAACCUCCCCUUACAUGUCGGAACGAUCAUUCUGCAUGAUGCCCGGACCGGAGAAUCCAAAGCCGUAAUGGAUGCAGAGCACAUUACUGCUAUGAGAACCGCCGCAGCAUCAGCCGUAGCUACAAAGUACCUGGCGAAGGAUGGCUGGCAGACGUUAGCAAUUCUUGGAGCAGGGUCCCAGGCCGUGUCUCACCUUCAUGCCUUGAAGCAUAUGGCGACAAUUAGGGAGGUACGAGUUUGGACAAGAUCCUCUGAGAAGUGCCAGGCUUUUGCCCAGAAGUUUGAUGUAAAAGCUUGUGAAACAGCUCAAGAGGCAGUUACUGGUGCAGAUGUUAUUGUCACAUGCACUUCUUCUAAAACUCCUGUAUUGGAGUCUAGCUGGCUGAAACCGGGUGCUCACAUAAAUUGUGUUGGGGCCUGCCAACCAUGGGCUCAGGAGUUGGGCGUUGAAGUGAUGAAGAAGGCUGUAAUCUACGCAGAUAACACUCCAGGGGCAUAUCAAAAUUCUGGGGACAUCGUCCAUUCCAAGGUGACGGUGUUUGCAGAGAUUGGAGAGGUGAUUAAUGGGACCAAGGAAGCCAAAAGAGAUGAGCUUACGGUCUUCAAAUCUCAAGGAUUGGCUGUUGAAGAUGCUGUAGCAGCAAAAAUCGUCUAUGAUAAAGUGAGCGUUCUAAAGGACAUGAAAUCAUAAUAAAUAAAACCAAUUGAUGGUGAUGUUUCAAGGAUAGGCUUGUAAUCUUCCAAAAAUCAAUUUGCUGAAGGCAAGUUGUCAUGAUUAUUCGAACAUUUAUAGGGAAAUUGUGCUGCAUAUAUAAAUUAAAUUUAUAAGGAAAUAUUAGUGUUACGAUAUUUUUAUUUACAUUUAGGGGCUUAUAAACAUACAUGUAUUGUAUUGUAUUUAUUAAACUUUCUUGGUGUAUAUCAAUAUUCUGUUUAUAAACAUAUAAAUCAAUUUACAAUGCAACAUGUAUCAUUUAAUUAGUUUUGAGAUGUGUAUUAUGUCGACUUCUGUUUUUCUAACAAGUCCAUGUUUAUUCAAGGCACUUACUUACGUUUUCUGAUGAGUAUAAUUUUUAGUGGAUUAAUGUAGCAUUGUAUUUAAGAUGAGUGAUUAUUAUUACACAUUGGGUUUUAAAAGCAUAAGUUUAACAAAGUUGUUUUUGUUUCUUCUUUUUUUUUCCAGAAGGGAAAACAGAACUUUAAUUAGUUUCACAUCAAUUUGCAAUGUCAAUACAUCGGUUUUACACAGAAAAUAUACAAAUUUCAAGUUAUACAAAAUUUAGAGAAGCAGAGGUAAAGCCUACUGCAUAAAAGAAAUCAAAAUACAAUUCCCAAUUCUAAUCAAAGUUAUCACACUGAUAGUUUUUUUUUAUAAAGAUGAAUCUCUCUUGAUAAAAAAAAUACCUCUCAACCUCUCCUAAAUUUGGAUGUUUAUUAUUCAUUUUCAUUCUGUAGAUAUGAAAACGAGAAAUUAGAAUGAUAGUGUUCAAAGCACUAAAUUUGAGAGAUCUGACUCCAAAUAAACACAAAUCCUCAUCAAUUUGAAUAUGGGUACUUGAAAGCUCCCUCAACCAUUGAGCUACUUUGUUUCUAAACAAUAUGAUUAUCGGACAUACACAGAACAAGUGAAUUAAUGUCUCUUCUUCUUCAAGACUACAGAAGGAGCAGAGACCUGAAUCGACUUUAUUACUUUAAUAAGGAAAGAAUUAACGCCUAACAUUCUGUGGAUGAGCCUAAACUGAAACCACCUUAAUUUUUGUAUCUGUGGUACAUUUAUACGGGAUAUUAUACACUACCGACCAAUCGUCUUGAAUGUAUCGAAUGUUCAACAUAUUGUUCCAUUUUUCAGUAAAUUUUCUUAUGACUUUUUAAACAGAAACAAGCAUAUCAUAAAUAUUCCUCGACCAUUUCUUAUCUUUAAAAACAAAAAUUGAAAUGGAAAGGUUUGAAGGGUUGAGUAAAUUUAGUAGAUAUAUUCUCCAAGAGCCUACCUUUUUUAACUGCAUUCACUACUCCACCGUAUUCAAUAAACUUGUUCGAACAUUAAAUCUGUCCCUAAACCUGUUGAGGGAAAGGUGGAAUUCCCUUGAAUCAUUCAUGAUAUCACUAACGGACCUUGCAUCUUUCUUUGCCCAAUGAUUAUAACAAAUACACUCGCCGCCAAUUUUAACUCUAUCAUUAAACCACAACAUAUUUGUCAUUAGAUCAUAUUCAUUUUGUGGUACAUGAGAAGCACACACUUACUCCAAGCUAUUAAAACAUAAAUAAAACAAUUCUUAUUUUGAUCAGGAUGAAAUAUAUUACACAGUUUUUGGGAACCACUCACAACAUAUAACAGGUCAGGAGUGUUAGCUAUGGUCACAAAAACAUUACACCAGUGUACAUUAUCUGCUCUUAGAAUUCUUCUUAUCCAUGUCACUUUAAGUGCAUAAAUAUAACUUUAAACAUCAACCAUUCUUACCCCACCUUAAUCAUAAUCUUGAAUCAUUUGGUUUCUGGUAACUCUAUCCAUAUCUUUCCA